UGCUCCACUACGUCCAGCCUGCUGGAGAGCAUGGACGCUCAUCGGCAGCAAGACGAAGACCGCAGGUUCAAAUGCUCUGAAUGUGGGCGUGGCUACAGGCACGCAGGUAGCCUAACCAACCACAGAAGGACGCAUGAAGUGGGUUCGUUUCACUGCAGCAUUUGUGGGAAGGAAAACCUGAACGCCUCGGCCAUGAAGAAUCAUCUGCGGAGCCACACUUCAUUUAAAAAGCACUCCUGUGCCGAUUGUGGGAAGUGUUUUCGUUUGGCAGCUCAGCUGCUUGCGCACAGGAGGAUUCAUCUGGUCCAAAGAUCAGCGGAUCCUUGGCGUAGGAACGCAGACGUGGGAAACUCCACGUAUGAAAAAGAAAUCGAUCCUCGACUUGAUGAGCUGCCAAAUGCUGUUGGGAUUCCUGCCGAAGCGCCAGAGGACGCCUAUGAUUCCCAGGCUGAGAGCUGCAGCGACGCGGCGAACCGCCCAUUCCGCUGCAAUCUGUGUGAGAAGUCCUACAUCCACCACCGGAGCCUGAUCAACCACAGGAAGACCCACCAGCUGGGCGUGUUUGAGUGCACCGUCUGCUUCAAGCUGUGCAGCAACAUGGGCGCCCUCUACAGCCAUCAGAGGACGCACAAGGCCCGCGGCGCCAAGGAGCCCCGUCCCACCGCUGGAUCUUACUCUAACCCGGACCUACUCCUCCCUCAGAGCCCGGACACUGCGGGGGAUUUCUGCCAUCUGUGUCAGACGCUCUUUCCCACUAACACGGCGUUCCAGGAACACAUCCAGAUGCACAACUCUUCCUCUCAGCCGUGUUCAGAGCCGACGGACGUUUACGAACCCGCUGUGGCUUCGCCGGAGUCUGGCUUCUGUGUGUCUCCUGUAGAAGACCGGCCUCCCCCCUCGCUGACGGAUCCCCCCCGCAGCUUUGGCCCAGAGCACCACGAUCUGACUCCGCCCCUCUGUGGCGCUCAGGGCGACCACUCAGCCAUCAGCACAGGCGGCGUCCCGGCGCCGAGCGCUGAAGAAACGUCGUCUGCGGAUUCUGACGAGCGGCCCUUCAGGUGUCAGACCUGCGGCAGAAGUUACCGGCACUCUGGGAGCCUCAUCAACCACAGGAGGUCCCACCAGGUGGGGGUCUUCCAGUGCUCCGUGUGCGGUAAGACCUACCCUCACCUGGCCGCCCUGAGGAGUCACCUGCGCCUCCACAAAGCUCAGCGGGCGUCGCUCCACCUCCACGCCGCGGCAGACUGGCUCUCCCCGGAGCCUCUGACUGCAGACGGCCAGCAGGGCUGCUUCUACCCCCCCCACCAGCAAACGAGGUCCCCGUCAGGCGUGGACCAGGAGGACGCCUGCGAGGAGACGACGCCCCAGACGAGGCACAUGUGUGCAGACUGUGGGGAGACGUCUGCAGACGUGGCGGGGAUAAAGUCUCACCGCUGCCCGCUUCGGUCGCAGCGGCACGACGCCCACAGCUUCAGCUUCAGCUUCACCGCCGGCGGAGCCUCUGAAAACCCAGAGACCAGCUGGUCUCACGGCUCGGACGAGAGCGCUGCGGGUCUGAGCCGCGCCGCCGAAGACGAAGACGACAAUCCCGACGAAGAGGACGACGGAGAUCACUACCAGUGCUCCGUGUGUGGAGACGGCUACGCCACCAUGACGGCGCUCAGGAGCCACCUGCAGGCCCACCACCACCCUCACGCCUCACAUCCUCCCCUGUCCUCCAGAGACGACACCAGAGACGACGAGCCGGUGGAGAUGACCAUCUGCAGCACGUGUGGGGAGACCUUGGUGGACAGGCAGGACCUGAUGGCUCAUCAGCUUCGCCACGAGGCGGAGCGGGCGGCCUGUGAGCGGCCUGUGCAGGGCGACGUCUCAGACAGUAAAGAGGAGGCGUUCAUCAUCUGCAGCAGCUGUGGCGUCUCCUGCAGCAGCUACCGUCGCCUCCACAGCCACGGCUGCACAGCGGAGGAGAAGGAGGAGAUAGAAGCCGGCGAGCGUCCCCAGCAUGAGGAGACGAGCCUCGGCAGGGACGCCGGGGAGCGGCGGUAUAAGUGUGAGCAGUGUGGAAGGUCCUACAGGCACGCCGGCUCCCUGCUCAACCAUAAAAAGUCCCACAAGACUGGAGUGUUCAGAUGUGCCGUCUGCCAGAAGCGCUUCUACAACCUGCUGGCCCUGAAGAACCAUCAGAGGUCCCACUUCGACGUCAAGAGGCAUUCCUGUCCUGAGUGCGGGAAAGCCUUCAAAAUCCAGAAGCAGCUGCUGAAUCACCUGAGGAGACAUAAAGAGAACCGAGCCAAGAACCAGGACCUCCAGCCAGGUGACGGCAGCGGUCCGGACGCAAGAGAGCCGCCUCCAGCUUCAGACUCGGGUCAGGACGCCGCCGUUCAGGACGUUCGGGACGAGAAGCGACCGUUUUCCUGCGGCCAGUGCGGCCGUACGUAUCGGCACGCCGGGAGCUUGGUCAACCACAGGAACUCGCAUAAAACCGGCCAGUACUACUGCUCCAUUUGCAGGAACACCUACUCUAACCAGCUGGCCAUGAAGAACCACCUGCGGAGCCACUUUGCCUACAAGAAGCAUCUGUGCCAGAAGUGUGGAAAAGGCUUCAGAGGGCAGAAGCAGCUGCUGGCUCACGUCUGUGCCGACCUCAGAGCGAGCCGCCGACCCAGCCGUGAGGCGGCAGAAGGUCGUCACCUGUCUGCGGCGCCCGCCUGUGGCGAAGAGGAGCGGCCGUUCCAAUGCAACAUCUGCCAUCGCUCCUACCGUCACGCCGGCUCGCUGCUGAACCACAAAAACACGCACAAGACGGGCCACUUCAGCUGCGCCUUCUGCUCCAAGCCCUUCUCCAACCUGAUGGCUCUACGCAACCACACCAGGAUCCACACGCAGACCAAGAGGCACGCCUGUCCCACCUGCGGCAAGGCGUUCCGCCUCGCCAGCGUCCUGCACAGCCACCAGCGGCUCCACAGCCAGCCGCCCACACACUUCUGCUGCUCCUCCUGUGGCCGCAGCUUCCAGGGCCGCUCUGGGCUGGAGAGGCACCGCUGCCAGCGGGGCGAGCGGGGCGAGCGAGGCGAUGGAGGCGAUGGAGGCGAGGGAGGCGAUGGAGGCGAUGGAGGCGAGGCGCCGCCUGGACGGCAGACGCCCCAGACGGGGGACAAAUGCUUCACGUGUGACCUGUGUGGGCGCUCAUACCGCCACGCCGGAUCCCUCCUCAAUCACAAGAAGUCCCACUCUGAAGAUCUUUAUCAGUGUACUUUGUGUCUGCAGACAUUUCCAGACGCGCUCAGUCUGCAGCUGCACUCCCAGAUAAGGCGCCAAAGCUGCCCCCAAUGUGGCAAAACCUUCUGUGUGGCGGCGCACCUGCACGGCCACAUGGGGGCGCACUCCAGGAGCCGGGGCCAGCAGAGCAGCUCAGCCGGCUGCCAGGAGCGCCGUGCAGAGCGCCAUGUUGCUCAGGGCUCCUGUCAGCAGGGGAACGCCGUCUGCUGGGACCUAAACGGCUCCGGCGGACCUUCGGCCCUCGUUCCAGCCGGCGACGCCCAUCCUCAGACCAGACACGUAUGCGAGCACUGCGGCCGCACCUACCGCCACGCCGGCUCCCUCCUCAACCACAAGAACAGCCACAAGACGGGCCGCUUCUGCUGCUCCGUCUGCCACAAGGAGUUCACCAACCUGAUGGCGCUGAAGAACCACCGGCGGAUUCACACGGAGCCCAAACGCUACCAGUGCCUGACGUGUGGGAAGGCGUUCCGCGUGUCCACCCAGCUCAUGUGUCACCGCAGGAUCCACACCAAGGAGAAGCCCUUCACCUGCCAGCUGUGCAGCAGGAGCUUCUCCAGCAAGUCCAACCUGAGGAACCAUGAGAAGAUGCACCAGAACCCGCCCCAGAACCACAGCUCCCCCUUUGACACGGAGGCUGACGCGUUCAUGGACCUGGACUUGGAGUCUCUGCUGUGAAGCAGGAGGUGACGACGUUUAACCUCCUGUCAAUAAAUGUGAAGCAGA